UUUGUCAUCAUCGCUCAUUCAUGACAGCCAGGCUAACGUCAUAAUUGUCAUAUCGCAUUGUGCAUUCCACUUGCUUGAGUGCGGAUUAGAUUUUUCACAUAAAACGUUAAAAGUUAGCGACAUGCGGAGCUGAUUAGAGUGAAUUAAGUUUUGUUAUUGUUCUGCCACGUAUUUACGCCGUAUAAAAUGACUUUCACAUUAACAGAAGAGUCGGUCCUGGACGCUUUUACCACUGAUCAACGAAUGGCGGAAAAGUGUGUUGAAGUAUCUCAAGAUCUAGUUAAUAAAAAGUACGACAUUUCAUCACUUGUCGAAAUUUUGGGAUUUGCACUAACCUCGAAGGAGGUGGAGUUGCGAGUGAAUGGGACCAGAUUCCUUUCACUCACUUUGGCUAAGCUGCCGCCAGACUACUUGUCCCCGGUGCAGUUGGACUUUAUUGUAGCGUUCUAUUGCGAUCGACUCAAGGAUCACCACAAUGUGAUUCCCGCGAUUAUCGACGGGUUGACGAGCUUAGUUCAAAUGAAGAAUCUGAGCGAUGGAUCCGUUACAAAAAUAGUGACGAAUUUCUUUCAACAUGUUUCCUGUCAGAGCCAAAAUCGUGAAGACAGAGAAAAAAUAUAUAAUUUGAUCAAGUCAAUAGUUGCAGACCAUUCAGCAGAACUCCUAGCCAUGGGGGCGAACUUCAUUUACAACGUUAUCAAUGCAAUGGAUUCUGAAAGAGAUCCGCGAAAUCUUGUCCUUUUGUUCGAUUUCAUGCCUACAUUCAUCAAGCAGUUUCCUCUACAUCAUUUAGCCGAGGAAAUGUUCGAGACCUUUGCCUGCUACUUUCCAGUCGACUUCCAUCCCAUGAAAGACGAUCCAAAGUCUAUUUCACGCGACGCAUUAGCCGAGAAACUGUCUUAUUGUCUGGUAGCAAGUGACGACUUUGCUGAAUGGGCAAUUCCGUUGGCUCUAGAAAAGUUGGAGAGUGAUUUAAUUGUCGCUAAGUUAGAUUCCUUGCGAUUAUUGUCUAGAUGUGCCGAACGAUUCAAACCAGAGUUGAUGGAAGAGCACUUCGACGAUAUAUGGACUCGGCUCAAGUCGGAAAUUUUGCCUGGGAGCGGAAAUAGUGAAAUAGUAAGCGAAGGCUUUGUGACUUUGGACGCCAUUCUUCUUAAUGCAGCACAAAACCCCGAUGUCAGUAAAAACGUUGAAACGAAAAUCUUGAGUAACAUAAUUCCAUACGUAAGCAAUACAAACCACCACCUCUUUGCACCGGCAUUCCGGAUCGCUGACUGUUGCGUGAAUAAUAACACUGCCUUUGCGGGAGAGAAGAUACUGGGCGCUGUAGCCGUACGCCUGCGGGAGGAAGGAAUGUCUCUAGAUGCAAAAAUCAAACUCAUUGCUAAGGCACAAACUAUUUUGGAAAUUUGUGCUUCGAAAGAAGCCUUUACCGGGAUGGAUCCUACGACUUUAGGGGAAAUACAGAAAGACCUUUUAAAUUCAUUGCGGACAAGCGAUCCAGAUCUUAUUAGUCUUGCGUGGUUGAAUAUUGAACACUCCAUAGGCAUUUUCUCCGAAAUACAAAGGGACGAACUAUAUAGUCGUUUAGUAGACGCUUUGGCAAACUCCUCAAAUAGAGUAGAUUUGAGUGGAGUGCUCUCAAAGUACGCAACAACAUUUGGUGACGAGGUAAACACAAAAGUAGUCAACGAAAUCUGCAACAACUUUCCAAAGCUUUCGAAAAACAGUAAACGAAAUGUUUAUCUAAAUUUCGUGGUGCUCGUUCAGAACCCUAAGUUUUCGGAUCAAAUUUUAAACCUCCUAACGAAACAAAUUUUUGAAAUUGAAAACAGAAAGGAGGUUGGCGUAGCACUUUCAGCACUACAAAAGCUGUUGGAAUCGAAUUUGGAAUCGGCCCUUGUCAGCAAAAUAUGGAACAACUAUAAUAUGUUGGAUAAUUUUAGAGAACUUAUUCAAAGUGGGAGCCUUGACAAAGACGUUUUAACACAAAUUUCGGUGGUAAUCAGCCUAUUUGUUCGUCAGCUGAGCGUGGAAGAGCAGCAAGCCGUCGUUGACAAAUGCCUGCCACUAAUGCAGCUCAACAAUCCUUCAGAUCUUUUCAUUAUGCACGGAAUUUUGAGUCAUGUUGAUCAGAAAGUGUCAAUAGGUUCCCACUUUAGUGCUUUAGUAACGAAAUUAGUACAUAUGUGUUUGGAAAUCGAGGACGAGACGGUUCGCCGUGUCGGGAAUACGCUUGUAUGCACAUUGGUAAACAGAAUAGAACGAACGGAAGAGAACAGUGCUGCAAUCAAACAAAUUAUCAAGACCUUACGCGAGGAGAUAAAGAAAGAGAAAAAAUCUGCUGUUGAGACUUUGUCAUGGGUUGCAAAAGGAUUGAUCGUAGGCGGUUUCGAGGAAGCCGGUGACAUAAUAGAGGAUAUUUCUAAGCUCUUGGAGCAUCCCACAUUGUUUGAAGCUGCAGAACUAGCAUUCGAUGUCAUCUCAGUAGAAGUUCCUGAACUAGAUCUUCCAAUGGUUAAGCUUUUAUUCAAACAGAAAAUAUUCCACGUUGUGCUUCAUAAGCUUUGGGAUAAGCUGGUGAAGUUCGAAGAGAGUCAUAUUAAUGCAUUUGCUUUUGUGCUUGGCAUGGCACCGCAUCCUGUACUGAAAAUGUAUUUAGAAAAGGUUGGCCCGAUUAUCUUCAAAUGCAUCGAAUCAAAAAAAGCCAAAACUGUUCAAAUUGGACUACGAAUAAUCAAACGUUUCCUGCAGGAGCAGAGUGAUUAUUUCAGAAGCCAUUUCAAUCACUUGAUUCCCCAGCUCCUGAAACUGUCUUCCUAUAUAGACUCCAUGGUCAUACGAAUAAGUGCGCUUGAAUGCCUUGAAGUAAUUUGUAAGUAUCCCGUUUUUGUCGUGCAACCGUACAAAGUAGAUGUAAUUUUGGAGUUAGCCAGCCCAUUGGAUGACAAGAAGCGGUUAGUUCGUAACGCUGCUGUAAAGACACGAAAUGCAUGGUUUCUUAUAGGAACAGACACGUCUAAAGAUAAUAAGUAGUGAUUAGACAGAACUGAAUAGAGGUAGGAACUUGUGUAAAAUCAGGCAACGAAAUCAUCAAAUAUAUGCUGCUUACAGAAAA